UCGGUAUGGCCGGUCCAUGUGUUUUAAAAAAUUUGUAAACUUUAUUUACUUUCGAUUAAUAAUAUGUGAACGUAAUCCAUAAUUGCAGUUUUUAUUAUUUUGUUUUUGAGAGUUCCAAUAUUAAUUUACACAAUGGAGCCCGACAAGGAAGAAACUUACAGAGUGAUUCUGCACAAAAAACCAUGGUACAAAUACAUAACCGUCGAGCCGACGAUGUUCUUCUAUAUGAUGGCCUUUAUGAUAACGAGCGUGAUAGAACAGACCUUUUACGUUUUCCGGGCAUGCAAUGUCAAUCAUGGUUACAGCGAGGAAAUAUGUUACGAUAUCAGCAAGUAUAGCGAUAUAAACAACGAGGUUCAAGCGCAGGUUACAUUUUGCAUUACAACAAAGCAAGAUGUUUUAACAAUAACAGUGGGCCCCAAACUAAGCAGAGCCUGUAUCUUGGUGGCAAUGGUGGCCCAGGCGGUGCAGUUCGCGUAAAGUGGCUGGCACAGCGCGAUGACAGUUUCAGUUUUCCACCAAUGGAAUGGGAUCGCCAGCCAUGUGGUCCCCCUGUUGUUGGCCUUCUUCAUUGGGUCCUACAGCGACAAGCGAGGAAGAAAGUUUAUACUCCUUGCCGGACUCAUCGGAAAGCUUUAUUUUUCAGCAAUGAUUACAUUAAUUACUACAAAAGCAUGGCCUCUGGAGUACGUGAUCUACGUGGCGACGUUCCCGAGCGCACUCACGGGCGCGGACCUAUCGAUCUUCGCCGCGUGUUUCGCCUACAUCGCUGACGUGUCUUCGCUCAAGAAUCGGACCUUGAGAGUGGGGAUCUUGGACGUCGUCUAUUUGAGCACUAUGCCCACUGGAGUCGCUAUUGGGAAUGUGUUAUUCAACAAAGUGGUCAACAGAUCCUUCACCGUUAUGUUUGCAAUAAACACGUGUCUCAUGGUACUGGCAACACUGCACUGCAUACUUUUUCUCAAAUGGCAGACCAGUCCCGCUCAAAAAACUCUGAGGGAGGCAGGAGUCAAGAACCCAAUCACGGAUUUCUUCGACGUUAACAACAUUAAAAGGACACUAGUGACGUUAACGAAACCUAGAUGUAACAACAGACGCCUUUUCCUCUGGUUCUUGCUUAUAUCUAUGGCAUUUUAUACAUUCCAAAGAGAUGAACGGCCCGUGAUGUACUUAUACACGACGAUAGUGUUCGAAUGGGACGCGACGGACUUCAGCUACUUCCGCACGUAUCUCAGCACGGCGUACGUGGUCGUGAUGCUGUGCGGCAUUCCGCUGAUGACCAGGCUCCUCAACUGGAGAGAUACGGUGAUCGUGAUGAUCGGUGCGUCCGCGCACAUCACCGGGCACUUCAUCUACGCCCACGCGUGGGACGAGAAGCUGAUGUACCUGGGCGCGACGGCGGCGGCGCUGGGCCCGUGCGUGGCGCCGCUCAUCCGCUCCAUGACGUCCAAAGUGCUACCGGCCUCGGAGAGAGGUGUAGCCUACGCCUUCCUCUCCGUGAUGGAGAACGCAGUGGCCAUGUUUGCCUCCAUCGUGUACUCGCAACUGUACAAGGCCACGCUGCAGACCGACUACAUCAACUCCAUAUUCUACCUAACCAUGACCACGCAAGUCAUCGUGUUCGUUUUGUCUUUCACUAUGGAUAUUCUACUCAAAGGGAAGAGGCUGGAAGCAAUCAUGCCUGAAGAGAGACAAAUUACUGACGAAUCGUAACAUUAUCUGUUUUAUGCAAAGAAAAACGCAACAUUUAACUGCCAUGCCGGUUGCAUGGCAAUUGAGUAUUUAAACAUAAGGAUAAAUGAAAAAGUUUUAUUGGUUCAUUACAUAAAUGUAA